AUGGACGACUCGUAUUUAGACGUUGGGGUCGAUUAUGUCGAUGAGUGUAAAAUAACACAAAAGCAUUAUCAUUCGUUCACUCCAUACUCAAACAUGUCUUUAUCGAAUAACGAUGAAAUUAGGAUAAGUGUUUUAAAUAUGGAUGCAUACACUCUACCAUGCGAAAGCUAUAUUUAUAUAGAGGGGAGAGUAAAUAAACCGUCCGAUGCAGUGGGAGAUGUACGUUUUUCAAAUAAUGGAUUGGCAUUUUUAUUCUCCGAAAUGCGCUAUGAAAUAAACGGAAUAGAAAUUCAAAAAUUAAAAACACCUGGAGUUGCAUCUUGCUUGAAAGCAUAUUGUUCGUAUACUCCAAACGAUUUGAAUACGUUGGAGAACGCUGCUUGGGACUCGGCGAUGGAUGGUGAAGAUAAUAAAAACUUUAUGAGCAACAAUGUAUUUACCGGGUGUAUCCCUCUAAAACAUUUAUUCGGAUUUUGUGAAGACUAUAAAAAAAUAUUACUUAAUUGUAAUCAACAGCUGAUUUUAAAUCGCGCAUCUACCGACCUGGAUGCGAUACACGUUGUUGGCGAGGGCGCAACCGAAGCAGUCUCAAAAAAUAGAAAAAUUACAAUUGAACUUACUAGGGUGGUGUGGAAAAUGCCUAUUAUCAGAGUUAGUGAUAAAGAAAAAUUAAGGUUGAUAAAAGUGGUAGAUUCGUGUAAAACACUAUCAUGUGCGUUCAGAACCUGGGAUCUCUGCGAAUAUCCUAUUCUCCCUAGAAAUACCUCACAUUCGUGGACGGUAAAGUCCAGCAACUUGUUAGAAAAACCGAGGUUUGUGUUAUUCGGAUUACAAACAGAUCGAAAAAAAAAUAUUGAAAUAGACGCUGGACGCUUUGAUCACUGUCAACUAAAAAAUCUUAAGGUUCACUUAAAUUCUGAAGUGUAUCCAUAUGAAGACUUUCGUGCUGAUUUUAAAAAUAAUACAACUAGUAUACUGUAUAAGGCCUAUGCAGACUUUCAAAAAUCAUAUUAUGAGAAAGAGUAUAGUGAACCUUUAUUGUCAAAACAUAUUUUUCAAAACUAUUCACCAAUCAUCGUUGUUGAUUUAUCGUGUCAAAACGAUAAUGUGAAGUCGUCAACCGUAGACCUACGUAUUGAAUUUGAAACUGAUACCGUUAUUCCGGAAAAAACUACAGCGUAUUGCUUAAUAUUACAUGACCAGAUUAUAAAUUAUAGCCCGUUUAGUGGCGAAGUUAGAAAAUUGUAA